AUGAAAGGUUUCCAUCUACUUAAAUACACUUUACCUGGUGAAUAACCAAUCAAUUUGAUAUUAUCAGAAAAAGAAAGAGGAAAAUUGUUUCUUGGAAAUUUAGAUUGUCUAAUAAAUUAAUAAAUUUUAGAAACAAAUAACAUAAAUUGCAUAUUAUCUAUAUGUACUGAAGAGAGUAAUAAAUAUUAAUAAGUAGAAAUCAUUGUUGGACCAAAAUAUCAAUAAAUUUAUUUAGAUAUUCAUGACAAUAUGAAUUCUCAAAUAAGUAAAGUUUUUGAAAGAUCUUACUUAUUCAUUGAAAAUGCUUUAAAAUCUUAAUAAAAUGUUCUUAUUCAUUGUGCAGCCGGAAUCUCAAGAUCAGCUACCCUAGUUUUGGCCUAUCUCAUGAAAACUUAUCAAUAAACUUUAGAAUAAGCUCUAAGAUUUCUAAAAUAAAAGAGACCAUAUGUUCGACCCAAUCCUGGAUUCUUACUUUAAUUACUUGAUUAUGAAACGUAACAAAGUAUUAUGAAUUUAGUAUGUUGCAUGGAUGUAUCACAAGUACUUUAGGACCAGAACUGACACCCUUUGAUAUUUAAAGGGAUCCUCAAUAUAAACCUUAGCCUAAGGUAGAAUUAAGGAAAAGUCUUCCUUUAAAAUAAGUUUCUGGUCCAUCUCCAGUGGCUAGAGUAGAAAGGAAAACACAUACAGAAAUAUUGACAAGAGUUUCAUAAUCAAUAUCUACAUUUUAACCAAAAGCCUUCAAGUCAUGAUU